AUGUCGACUAGGAGAGUCCCGCUUUCCACCAGCCAUCCCAAUGUCACCAAUUCCCCUCUACGAGCCGCUUCGGCUGCUCAUAACGGCGCUAAGAAGGGCAUGCGGGAAGAACCAUAUGGUCAGCCUCCGCCACCUAAACGACAGAUGAUCGACCGUGGAGUGCCAUCGCCGUCCCGAACCAAGACGACAGCCCGGACCAUCGUCCACAGGUCAGCUUCGCGCCCGACGGGAGCUACCACCAUAUCACACAAGACCACCGACAACAAGCCAACCGACGAGGAGCUGGCCAACGAGCUGGCAAAUCUGCGGGCAUGGCAUGCCCAAAUCUGUUCCCGCUUCCCAAAGAUGGUGUUCUACUUCGAGAGCGUCCCCGAUGACCAACGGUCCAAGCUUGCGAAACACGUUGGCCGUCUGGGUGCUCGCGAAGAGAAGUUUUUCUCCAUCGACAUCACUCACGUCGUGACCACCAGAGCGAUCCCUCGAGAGAAGCCGAAGCAUGACCACCACGAAGGCGCUGAGGCGCAGGCCGACGGAGAGCAACCAAAGACCAUUGAUCCUUCCCUCCUCGACCGGACUGCGGACCCCACAAGGAGGAAACUGCUUUUCGACGCAGCCUCGAACAGGAAGCCUCCGUCCAAGACACGCAGCACAGAUGUCCUGGACCGCGCUCGCGAUAUGGGCAAGAAGAUAUGGUCACUGGAGAAGCUGAUCAAAAUUCUAGAAAUUGCGUUGGACCCAGACCGGUAUAUUAGCGCCGCGCUGGGACUCGAACGUGGCACUACGCAGAGCACCAGCAAGGCAGCAAACGAGCAAAAUAACAUAGCCCAGCUCCUCGAACAUGAGCGUGUUCAUGGCCCGUCGGAUCGCGACCCAACAGUUUCAACCAAGGAUCUGCACAUGUUCCGAGGACCAUACAUCUAUGUCUAUGAUGUUCAGGAGAGAACCAAGCCGAUCAUGGUCAGGGAAUACGUGAAGGUCGAUGAUCCAAAGAACGGGGAUUGGCCUCAGUUUCGUAUUUCGUCACGCGGUCGGUGCCCCUUCGUUAUUGACGAGAACUAUGACGCGGCCGAAAAAGAAAACCGGGAGCGGGACCGGGCCUUGGCUAAGGCUCGGUCUGCUAAGGCUGCCGUCGGGGAGGCUGCCCCACCGGCAGCCCCGAGACCGAGGACGGCAGAGGUUAUACUGAAGCCUGCUACAGGCAAACGCACCUUGACGCAGAUGGAAGAUGGCCAUAACCGUGGGAUGGCGCCCGUCCGGGCAACUCAAUCCUUCGACCGGUCGAGAGUCUCGAACCCGCCAUCGAUCGAGUUUCAAAACGCCUUUAUUAGUCACUCAAAGGCCGGUCGUCUCCUGGCCGGUGAGCCUGUGGCGUCUGGUCUUCAGCCGUCCAACGUCACGUCAGCAAUCCGGUCCCAGAUGAUAUCAUCGACUACUGGUGGCGUGCUGGGAGCAAAGGCGGGGACGAGCAAAGAGAUUCACGGGCUUCAGCGGAAGGUUGUCCUGCAAAAGGCCAGCACGCCGGCCGUGUCGCAAGAUCUCAGUUCUCGCCGUUUGGCCGACAUGAGUCAUGAUAGCAACACGUUCGUCCGCUCAGCCAGUGUCAGCAUGGUGGCGCAGCGGAAGCUCGAUAUUCUAGAGGAGGAGGAGACAUUGCGACAGAGGGAGAAGCUGCGGCGGACCGCCAGCGUCCCAGUUGCCCAGCCAAAGACCAAGCGUGAUCCAAAGCCGGGGUACUGCGAGAACUGCCAGGACAAGUUUGCCGACUUUGAGGAGCACAUUGUAUCCCGCAAACACCGCAAAUUCGCGGAAAAUGACGACAACUGGACACAGCUCGAUGCCCUCCUGGCACAGCUCAAGCGCGCACCUCGGUAUUGA